CACCAUCACAAAUGGUAUGCCCUUACUUUCAAAACAACAGGAGGUCUAGAAUACUUUCCUAACCUUAAGACUUUCUUGUGAUGUUCAACAGACGUUUUGUGUAUUAAUACAACUUGUGUUUUUUCUUAAAGAAAAGCAAUGAAGCAGCUUUAUUGAACCGUGGUAGAAAUCUAUCAUUUCAUACCCUGCUGAGAACUGAAUUAGUUCAUGUGCAUCGACACUGCAACUCCCAAACAGAUAAGCUCUUCCUCUCCCUUUCAUUCUUCUUUCACCCCAAUCAAUUUUGCAAUAUUUGUUUACUUUAAAGAUAGAGUCCUGGCGUGCGCAAAUCGCUGCUGGUGUGUCUGUCUCAGACUGUGCAUAUCUAAAAGUGUGUAUGUGAGCUGGGGCCUUUAUGAGUUCCUGAAUGAAAUUGAUGUAGGCUAUAUUUGUGAUGACGAAGCUGCCCUUUGUACAGGCCAAAUGGAAUGGGCAGUUUUGCUCAUACACUUGAAUGGAUUGAUAAGCACACACUGUACUGAAAGGAGGAGUUGUGGUAAAAAUGGUUUAUGAUGAUGUGUUCGCUCUGUCCAUACAUUUGAGACCGACGGAAUUAGCUUUGGGUGACAGAGAAAACUCUGAGCUGACAGAUUCAUAUUUAUCUUCGUGUAAAAUUACGGGGUCAUGUAUUCCAUGUGGCUAUAUUCCCUGAUUCAGUGUGUAAUAGCGGUGCUGGUAAUCGGAGUGAGUGUGAGGUUGUGCUUCGCUGCUGGCUGUGCUGCAGCUGGUCCAGGAACUAGAAGCUGGAGCACAUCUGCAUGCCUGAAGCUCUGCCUCUGCUUGGUCGGGUCAGUGGGCAGUAUUGUGGACGCUCCUGUGUCUGUGCUGUUGAACCUGAGGAGCUCCCAGUGCCUUUACACCUGUAUCGCCAUGAUCUCCUGCCCCCUCCUGCUCAGGCAGUUCACCGUGUGCCUUCUGCUUCUACUCACCCUUAACACACACCUGCAGAGCCGCCUGGGGAACAGAUAUGCAGGAUUAGUGACUCGUAGGCGGGUUUUGUGCUCAGUGCUGCUCUGCUGGGUCAUUUCAGUGAUCAUCGCCUUCGGCCAGUUCUUAGUUUCCAACUCUUUGGAUACCUCGGGAGCGUCUGAGGAUGACGAUACGGCUGGACUGGGGAUGGAUGAAUGGCCUGAAGCCAAUUAUACCACCCCUGCCCUCCCUCCCAAACGCCCCUACCCACAGGAUCGCUCUGUAAUCGGACAGUUCUUGCCUUACGGAGGAUUUCUUUCCAAGUUCCUGGUAGAGGACAAUGAGAACUUCACAUAUGCUGAAAUCCAUGGCAGCCAUUGGGGCAUCUGUGCCCCUGACACCACACUCAGUCCAGUCUUCAUGGUGUAUGUUUAUGCCGUCACCGUGUUUGUUAUCCCUUUGUUGGUUCUGUCAGGUGUGUAUCUGGACUUGAUGUGUUUCAUGCCACAGCAGGUUCCAGCGAACUCCACAUUUCCUCAGAAACGAAGCUCAGUGCAGUCUCGCUCAUUGGCUCUCUCUAUUUCUCUACUAGUAAUGCUUUGCCUGCCCCUGCACAUCACCCACGCUUUGUUACUCUUCGCCCCAAGUGCCGCUAGACCCAGCUGGACCUCUCUGAUGGCCUCGGUUCUCUUCCAGAUGUAUAGCCUAGUGCCCCCUCUUCUCUUCACCAACACCUCUCAGCAGGUAGGCUUUGAGUGCUCCUUGUUAUCCGCGCCCAACCUGACCUCGAGGGUUAUCUCCUCUCAAGUCAAAUCUGUGGGGAGUGCUUUCCGUUCAGUGGAAGAUUUCAGUCAGCCUGGACCAACACUGAAAGCCAAAGCUUCUCCAGAAAUGUGAUGGGAUUUCAUGUGAAGAGGGCACUGGCACCAAAAGUUAUCU